GAAGCUGCUGAAGCUCUUCACUUGCUGAAGAUGUCGGGGAUCACUCUGUGGCUGUCAGUUGGUAUGUUUGUGUGGGGAUUUGCUUCAUGCUCCAUCACAUGUCCUGAUGAGAGUCUUUGUCCAGAUGACUGUACCUGCUGCAAGACUGCCCAUGGAUAUAGCUGCUGUCUAUAUCCAAAUGCCAUGUGCUGCGCCGACCUGCUCCACUGCUGCCCUUCGGGAUAUCGCUGUAACCUGGUUACCAUGAAUUGUGAGAAAUUAGAGCAGCCGUGGCUGACCAUACCCAUGGUGAAGAAGGAGGCUGCGGAGAAACCAACCCCCCCUGAACUGCCUGGAACUCCACUCCAGGAGCUUAAAGAGAGCCACGUCCCAGAUCAAAUAAAGAGUUCAAUGGUCUACUGUGACAGUUACACCUACUGUCCUGAUGGCACUACCUGCUGCAGACACCCAAAAGGAGGCUGGUUCUGUUGUCCCUACUCUCCCGGGAAAUGUUGUCUCGAUGGAUACCACUGCUGUCCAUUGGGACUGGACUGUGAUCACACCUACACGUACUGUGUGAGAGACAAACUCGCAUAUUCCUUCCUCUAUAAGCCAGCGCUGCCAUCAGCACCUGCUUCUCCCAUCCCACAGACAAAGGAAAGCAGUAGGAGGGGUAAAAACAAUUUCAGGGCCGAUGCCGCGUAUAGAUGAACGAUCUCUGUGAGCAUGAAUGUAGCCACGGCCCUCCUCCUUCUCAUGCAGAAAACUCGAGCCUACCCUUGGGACAUCCUAGGAUCACAGAAACAUGCCUAAAAUGUCCUGUGGCUAUUUUUUUUUAAAUAGUUUUUUCUUUUAUAAGAGUUUCCUUUUACUAUUAUUAUGGUCAGAAAUCUGUUGAAAUGCAUUUUGCAUCAAAUUUGAUAUAUAAACAGAUCAAUCUUGGAAAAAGACAGUUGCUGGACAAAUGAUCUGACAUGUGCACAAGAUUGUCUGUUUGUCUUUAGACUAAUGGGUGUGCAUAGUUGGCUGUUGCAAUAGACAGUAACCAGUCCUUACAAACCAGCUUUGCAAGAUUUCCUGCUGCCUGUGUAGCUGGAUAUCACUGAAUGUAGACUAGAAAAUAAAAUAUAA